UUUUCUCUGCUUCACCGCCUAGUCGACGACGCACAUCUCUGGCUGUUCGCGAAAAUGAAGCUGAAGCGUGCAAAGGCUUACCGCAAGCUGAUGCACCAGUAUCAGAUCCAAUUCGGAUUUCGCGAACCCUACCAAGUCCUGCUCGACAGCGCCAUCCUCGAAGAUGCCCACCGCACCAAGAUCGAUCUGGUGUCCCGACUACAGACUGUGCUGCAGGGUCAGGUGAAACCCAUGAUCACCCAGUGUUCUAUACGCCAUCUUUAUAACGCCACCCCCAAGAACAACGCCCUCAUCGAAGAGGCAAAGACAUACGAGCGCCGCCGCUGUAACCACCACGAACUCGAAAACCCUCUGCCUGACCUAGAGUGCCUGAAAGAGGUGGUGGAUCCAAAGGGCAGCAUGACAAACAAACAUCGAUACGUUGUAGCGAGCCAGGAUAUCGACGUGAGGAAGCACAUGCGCCGGAUAGCGGGGGUCCCGGUGAUCUACAUAUCUAAGAGUGUGAUGCUCCUAGAGCCCAUGGGCGCCAGCAGUGAAGAAGUGAGGAACAGAGAGGAAAAGUCCAAAUUCAAGCUGGGAUUGAAGGGAGCGCGCAAACCCGAUGCGGGACAGAAGCGGAAGCGAGAGGGCAAUGAAGAAGAGGACGAGGACCAUGCCGAAGGACAAUCGACCGACACCAAGCCACAGAAGAAGAAAAGGCAGCAGGGUCCAAAACAACCCAAUCCUCUAAGUGUGAAGAAAUCUAAAAAGGUGGAAAAGACCGCACCAUCCAAAAAUGCAAAACCCCGCGACCCCGAGACGAGCGAACCACAACCUGUCACCACAGGAGAUGCCGACGACGGCGCUUCUAGCACACGCAAGAGAAAACGCAAACACAAGCCAAAGGGGAAUGGUGAUGCUACAGCGGCUGCGGAAGUGGAAGCAGACGCACCCGAGUCAUGA